CCGUUAUUUCUGGUUUUCCAGCUCAGUCAUAAUUAAGGUUAUCUAUCGGCUGAAAAGACGAACAAAGAAAAACAAUGUCUCUGACCGACUCGGACAAGGCCCUUGUGAAGAAAGUAUGGGCCAAGAUCGCCCCCAAAGCUGAUGAAAUCGGUGCUGAUGCCUUGGGCAGAAUGCUUUACGUCUACCCCCAGACCAGGACAUACUUUGCUCACUGGCCCGACAUGAGCCCCGGAUCCGCCCCUGUUAAAAACCACGGGAAGACUAUCAUGAAAGCUGUAGGUGACGCUGUCAGCAAAAUAGACGACCUUGUCGGUGGACUAAGCGCACUUAGUGACUUGCAUGCUUUCAAAAUGCGAGUCGAUCCUGGUAACUUCAGGAUCCUGGCCCACAAUCUUCUUGUAUCCCUCGCUGUGUUUUUCCCGGCUGACUUCACGCCGGAAGUUCACGUCACGAUGGACAAGUUCCUGGGCGCAGUGGCUGCAGCCCUCUCGGCUAAAUACAGAUAAAUUCUGCAUCCAGGCCUUCCCAGUGCUGACAUGCCGCAAGCUUCUUUCAAUAAAUGAAAUUAUUCAAA